GACAUCGAGCGGGCGAGUAAGAGCACACCCAACUUAACCUCUCAUCCUAUGAGCUUUCUGUGUUUGUUAGUGGGCGGUAUCCACGCUUUGGCGGGCUGUUGCGAGCUUGCAGGGAAAGGAAGCAGAGAUGGAGGUCAGCGGCUGCAGCGUUUUGGAGUUGGAGGAAAAUAAACGCGAACCCGAACCCGAACCCGAACUGGAACUAGAACCCGGGACUGGGAACGACGCAGAUAUCGGGGAUGCGGCUGAAAAAGCAGGCCCUUCGGAGGCAAACGGUGAUGGCGGUGCGGACGGGUCCGAGAGUCGGGACACCCAGCAGAACUUGAACCUGUCGAGCGGGCCGAGCGGUUCCGGUUCGGAGCCCAAGAGGACCCGGCUAAAGCUGUUCAACAAGGUCAUGGAGAAAAGUUUGCAAAGACUAAUCACGGACGCGAGUUUUCAGCGGUUUGCCCACACCUUCCACCCGUUCUACAAGCUGCAGCCCCGUGUCACCCAGAGCAUCCACAGGACCUUCAUCUCCCAGCUACAGACCUCCAUUCAGGAUGACAUUUCCCAGAUCAUGGAGGAAGGGAAUUUACAAGCACAGCUGGACGAGUUGGACCGGCUGCAGGAGGAGGCCUCAGACACAGCAGAACCAGCCUGGCGCCCUAGCGGGGUCCCAGAGCAGGAUUUCCAAAGCUUCCUGAUUCCCUAUUACCUGCAGCAGCAGGAGUUCCUGCGCAAGGCUGUGAAGUCGCUGGAGCAGGAGAACGGCAGGCUGGCCCAGUCCGUGCAGGCCGGGAGAGAGCGGCUCAGUGAGGCUGAGAAACAGAUCCGGGAGAGCCUGGGGGAGUGGCAGGUCUCUGAGACGUUCUAGAAGCGCAGCAGAAAGGAAGCCUCUCCAAACCAGGGCUUGCUGUUGCAGGUGAAACUGGGAUCCUUUUUUUUUUGGGACCUCGGUCUGGACAGUGUUUGGGGCAGGGUGGCUAAAUGUGGUUCACACUUGCUUUUAUAUACAACGGUGCCCAUAAGAAUUAAACCUCUAUUAAUGUCAGUAUCAUUCUCCAAAGCAACAAGUUAUACAUGUUGAUUUAACACGGGUAGUCAUGCUGCCAUUUAAAAGCGAGUUUUGAGAUUUCAAAGUCCUGUCUGAUUCAGAGGGCAGCUACUAUAGGAGCAGAAAUCAGUGGGGUUUUUGAUUAACUAGUAACAGCACAUUCUAAGGAGGCUGUGUGGUCCAGUGGUUAAAGAAAGGGGCUUGUAACCAGGAGGUCCCCGGUUCAAAUCCCACCUCAGCCACUGACUCAUUGUGUGACCCUGAGCAAGUCACUUAACCUCCUUGUGCUCCGUCUUUCGGGUGAGACGUAGUUGUAAGUGACUGCAGCUGAUGCAUAGCUCACACACCCUAGUCUCUGUAAGUCGCCUUGGAUAAAGGCGUCUGCUAAAUAAACAAAUAAUAAUAAUAAUAAUUCUACACAAAAAGUUUAAAAGAUGAAAAAUUCUAGAUAUUAAAAAAACAUAUAUGGGAUGCUGGCUUUGUGGAGGAUCUCUUCACGUUGAUUGCUAUUGGAAUGAAGUCAGCUCCUCAAGUGGCGCGGGGGUGGGGGGUGGUGUUGGGCUGUGCACUGAAGCCCACACUCCCAUACUGUAGGUAAUUGUAAGCUGUGGAAAAGGGACAGUGCUGAAGUUUACACUGUGUGCUCCUGGCUGCCUCCCAGAUACAUCCACCAAUCGGAGCACAGUCUUGUAAAGGUCACCCUCGGCUUCAAAUGGAACCAAUGCUGGUUUCAAGUGUGAGUGUCUCGGUUCAGAAAACAGUUGUUCAGCAAGUAGUGGGAACACAUUACACACUUUAUGUGUAUAAUACUAAUAUAGUGAUUUAAUGGAGUCCAGUAUUAACCAGGCCUGGGUUAAAUCCGAAUGAUGCCAGCGCUGUAUCCGCAGCCAUGCCUUUAAUUGGGGUCAUGAAGCAAGUCUGCUGGUGUCCUUCUGUGGGAAUGAGCGGAUCGGCUCCACUGAGGCUUAGUCGAGGUUUAUGGGGGCGCCAUAUCUAUGCUUUUGUCAUGUUUUGAAAAAAAAAUAAUGUUUUGAACAUUUUAAUGUAAUCCAGCCUCGAGUUCUUUCAUAGUGUGCUUUCCACGUUUUUAAAAGACUGUUUGUGUUGUCUGUUCCAUAAUAAAAAAAAAAAUUGUAAAUACUUUA